GCGUAUUCUGACAUCAUGUCCACUUUCAAGAGUGUCCACCUCGCUAGUCGACCAAAGAACCACAUCGAGCCGGACACGUUCACCAUCAAAGAGCAUCCAGUCCCUAACGCCGCGAACCUCAAGGAUGGCGAGGUCAUCUUCUCCUCCAAUUAUCUCAGUCUCGACCCGGCAAUGCGAGGCUGGCUCAACGACACCCGCUCGUACAUCCCACCCGUCAAGAUCGGAGCCGUCAUGAGAGGUAAUGGUGUUGGCAAAAUCCUCGCGAGCAGAUCUUCCAAGUUCUACGAAGGAGAAACCGUCUCUGCAAUGUGCGGCUGGAGUGAAGUCGCCGUGCUGAAAGAGGACCAAGUUGAGAAGCUGAAUCUGCCAUCUAAUGCAACCAUGACCGAUUCUUUGGGAGCGUUGGGAAUGACUGGAUUGACUGCAUACUUUGGAAUCUUGGACGUCGGCAAUAUCAAGGCCGGCGACUUCGUAGUCGUGUCAGGUGCGGCAGGUGCCACUGGCAGCGUUGUUUGUCAAAUCGCCAAGCUGAAAGGCUGCACCGUCCUUGGAAUCGCGGGCUCAGACGACAAGUGCAAGUGGCUUGUUGACGAUCUUGGCUGCGAUAACGCUCUUAACUACAAGGACCCGAGCUUUGCCAAGAAUUUCCGCGCUGCCACGAAGAAGCAGUUGAUCGAUGUGUUCUUUGACAACGUCGGUGGCGAAGUCCUUGACCUUGCACUGUCGAGGGCGAAGGAGCACUCCCGAUUCGUCAUCUGUGGAGGGAUCUCACAGUACAACACCAAGGAAGCUCAAGGCCCGAAGAACUACCUCAUGAUCAUCUCGAUGAGAAUCCGUAUGGAAGGCUUCGUCGUCUUUGAUUACGAGAAGCAGUACCCGCAUGCGCAGAAAGAACUGGCACAGUGGCUGGCAGAUGGGAAGAUCAAGAGGCAGGAGACCAUCAUCAAGGGUGGUAUUGAAAAGAUGCCAGAAGCUUUGGGCUCCUUGUUCGAAGGAAGGAAUACAGGUAAAAUGAUGGUCGAAGUCAAGGCACCGGCUUCAGGGGCACAGUCGAAGCUGUAA